AUGCCAAUUGAGCCUUUUCUUCUAAGUUACUACGACACUGAACGUGACUCGAUAUAUCAACGUUCGAGGAAUCCUUUGUUGAGGCAUAAAGACUCUGAUGAGGUGCCAGCUUUUCUCCGCUAUUAUCGUCAUUAUAAACAUGAAAAUCCAGAGAAAUUUUUGUGUCCUGAAGCCGAGGAACCAGUGCAAGUGAAGAACCCGAUUUUUCGUGUCAGUGAUAUCUUAAGUUCUAUUAUACCGAAAAAGAAACUUCCAUAA